UAAGGUCAAAGGUCGUUAAUUGUCAAUAACGUUAAUUGUUAAUAACGUUAAUUGUUAAAUACCGUUAGUAUUCAGUUUAACGAAAUUUACAAUAUUAUUAAGUAAUUUCCUUGUUUGCUGAGUGAUCUUUACUAGGAUGACGUCUGCAUUGGGUGGAAGCCGUGUUCCGUCAACUGGAAUGAAUGCUGUCGAGUUGUGUGAGAAUGAUGACCUGGCUACCAGUCUUGUCCUUGAUCCCUACCUCGGCUUUCUCACACACAAAAUGAAUGUUCGACACCGUCCACUCAAGGGGAAGAUAACUCUGAAGGGCAUUGUUGAGAAGUUCAAGGAACAUGGUUGCUAUGACAAAGCUUACAAGGCUUUUUGUGCUGUAGAUGCAACUCGUAACUUUUUGUCUUCCCGAACCAAACUGCAGUGUGAUGUUUUCAGACAGCAUAUCUUCAGGUAUUUGGCAAUGUUUGAUAAGCAAGCUGGUUUUGAACUUGUUCCAUGUCACAGAUACUCAAUGGAAGGAAAGAUGGGAGGAAUGAUUUGUUCAACAAGAAAGUGGCAAAAGAACGAGAAGAUUCAGAAGUUGGUUGGAUGUAUUGCCGAGCUGACGGAGGAGGAGGAGAGAACUCUGUUGAAACCUGGAGCUAAUGACUUCAGUGUUAUGUUCUCCUGUCGUAAAAACUGUGCUCAGUUGUGGCUUGGUCCAGCUUCGUUCAUCAAUCACGACUGUCGCGCAAACUGUAAGUUUGUUCCCACUGGUCGAGAUACUGCAUGUGUGAAGGUUCUCCGUGAUAUUGAACCAGGAGAAGAAAUUACCUGCUUCUACGGCGAGGAUUUCUUUGGUGAUGACAACUGUCUUUGUGAAUGUCAAACAUGUGAACGGCGACAAGUUGGAGCUUUCAAGCCGAAGGAUGCCCCACAUAAUCCAUUAUCUGAUGAUGACAAGGGUUACAAACUGCGGGACACAGACGAUCGACUGAGCCGUUUGAAAACACAGCCAGAUAUCAAACAGCCGAACAUCAAUGGUGUUAUCCCUGCAUCCAGUGAAAACUGGGAUUACAGAGCCAAGAACCUGGAAAAUCAAGCUCACCUGUUAACAGCAGCUGAAUUGAAGAAGCGGGGAAUAACACGAUACGAUGCAGAAAUUAUUCUCUCUCAGGGCCUUUCUCUACCAGAUCCCAAAGUUCUAGUAGAGAGAGAAAUAACCUUAAAUAUGGACAAGCAUCUAUCAAGUGUCAAUCUUGGUAGAUCUAACCCUAUCCGCCGAGCCAGUCAUAUAUCUAACAGUCCCUAUGGCAGAAAUGGAUCUAGUUCUGAAGACAAUGCCAAAGCCAAACACCUUUCUCAGUUGUGUGCAGGUAAAAUUGGCUCAAGUCCAGUUAAAAAGGAAGUAUGUGGUGCUUUGAAUCGAUGUGUGGUUCGAAAUUCUAGACGGAAAAGAAAGCGGUUUUUUUCCAAAGUUAGGACAAAAAAUCAAUGCAGAACUACACACGCACAGUGUGAUUCUCCGAGUGUUGAGGACGCCAGUGAUCUGGAGAGUGAGGAAAAUGUUAAAGUUGACCUAUUUUCUAUGCAAUCACAUGAGCCUAUUAACAACACGAAUCAUCGAAAAAGAAAGCUGUGUGAUCCGCAUCUGGGAGUGAGCCCCAAAUAUGCAGGGGUCACAGUGAAACUCGAACCAGGCUUAACGUGUAGUGAUGAGCACAGGUCUAAGACGAUGUACGAUCCUUUUGAUAUUCAGUCUUUGGAUGAUAACAAUGACUUCCAGUUUGUUGGACGAUUCAGUCCAAGUCGGAAUCUAUGUAGAGCCCAGUUUAGUCCUUGUCAAGACAGAAAUAACUAUAACAACCUGAUGUCGGAGUCUAAGGAAGAUCAGUCCUCAAAGAUGCCUCCACCUCUCGAACCCAUUUCACCUGAACCGUGCAGAAAUACGCUCUCUACACCCCUCAGUCCGAGGUCACGGAAGUGUCCUCUUCCAAUGAGUCCACUGCGCCAGAGUCCACGUCUUAGGGGGCUUCGACCGGACGGCAAAAGUGUUCAUCUGGACCUUCUGUCCAAAACCUGUAUGGACAGUCCGGAAAUGGUAGAUAAUAACAAUGAAAAUAACAAUGAAGUGGAGAUGCGAGAUGAUGAGGAUGAUGAUGAGAUGCCCGUUCUCGUCAAACAAAAGAUUGAUACAAAUCACAACAUUCGAGAAGCGUCUCCCAGCAACGACUUUGAUCACUCAGACUUCUUCACAAUCUCUCUCUCACCUCACCCUAGCGUUACACCUCAGCAUCGCAUCCACUCAGCGUUUGACGAGCCUGCCAGGAGAAACAGUGUUAACAGUUCCGAUUCCGAGUCAAACCACUCGUUACAGAUGCCUUCUAUAGACCUGGCGGGCUCCAGGUCAUACAGCCCUAUUCACUGUGAUAAUUUCUAUAACUACUGUCCAAGAAAGACCAUUCCACGUGUGACUAUCAAAAUGAAACGGGACCCUAUUCUGGAGGAAGAGCUGGCAAACCAGUCCUCAUCAAGUGUGUUUUUCAAAUGGGAUGACGGUAGUGACACUGACACAAGGACAAAUCAUUCGGUAAACACUUAUUCGUGUGGCAAGAAGAAACUGUUGCGUUCAGAUGUACGCAAUGCAGAUAUACCAGAAAAAAAGACACGUUACUCAUCAGCAAAUUUAAACAGUUACCGUCCAAGAAAACUGAGACUGAAAUUUGGCAAGAAUGCUGUUGAUAUGAUAGACAUAAAUAUCCCUCCAUAUCAAGAGUUAUGAUGAAGGUGUGAUGUUAGUGCUAUUUGUUUUUUUGUUGUUGUUGACAUGAAAUUUUAAGUUAAAACUACCUCAA